CAUCUUUACUUUUAUUUUAUAAUUUUAUAUUUUCAUAGGAAUCAGAUAAAGUGGAUAAAGUAACAAAAAUGUGAAUUGUUUUCAUUUUUAAAUAGGUCGAAAAUACAAGUGACUUUAAAUCCCGAUAUUCGACUGUGACAAAACAUUGUUUAUUAUAUCAUAAAUGAGUACAAUAAUGGUCGCUAUUAAAAAUAUAUUUCAGAAGAUAGGAAAUUUUUUUCGCUGCUGCAUGACUCUUGUGUGGACUUAUUUGAGUCCCCAACGACGUGCGAUCGAAGGUGUGAGUGAAAAUACUGCGGAAAGUUCCGCUGAAAAAAGUAUCGUAAAAAUUGUUGAAAACCCUAACACAUCUAUCAUUAAUGAGUCUGUCAAAAAAGAAGUUAUAAAGAGAGUAGAUGAUAGCAUUUCAAAGCAUUCAGAAAGUACAGCUGGCAAAUCUGUCGACACAAAGGAACUUAUAAAAGUUAAGAUUGAAAAACCUCUAGAAAAAAUUGUUGACAUUAUAAUUGAAGAUGUUAUAAAGAAAAGCGCUACUGAAUUAAGCCCCGUUGAAAAAACAAAGUCCAAAAAACGUAUAAUGGAAAAUCUUGGCUUCUCAGCCGAUACUCAAAACAACGACCAAGUACGAGUAUUAACAUUAAACAAAGGAGAGCAUCAGGACGGCAAUUUGUAUAAAUUAAAAAAAGGAUGGGUUGUCGAAUUCAGACUAGGCGCCUCGCUACUAGGUCAAGCGGUCGACGUUUUUACAAAUCAUCCAUUGCUGAGUGGAAAUCCAUUUGAAAGAGGGACGUACUAUCAUUUGCCAUGGAAUCACGAGUCAGCAUUUUUAAGGGUAUCUCUCGCGGGAUCUUUUCAUUACUACAUCGCCCAAUCAAGUGGAGAAAACAUCGGAAAAAUUAUGGCAUCAGGUUACAUAUUAGUCGAUCCAGAACUUACCGUCGGUAAAAAUGGUAAGAUACUUCCGAUUGACAGCAUACAAUGCCAAACAGUACUAUCCAAGCUACUUGGACCAUUUUCGACUUGGGAAAAUAAAUUGAGGGUAUCCUACGAAUCUGGCUACAAUAUGAUUCAUUUCACUCCUAUACAAACUUUGGGAGAGUCCAAUUCGGCAUACAGUCUCAGCGAUCAUUUAAAACUCAAUUCCUCGUUUAACGAUUGUCCUGACAAAGAAACGACGUUUGAUCAAAUAGAACAGCUUAUAAAAAAAAUCCGCGAUGAAUGGGACACGCUUAGUAUAUGCGACAUUGUCCUGAAUCACACAGCCAAUGAGAGUCCAUUUUUGAUCAAUAAUCCUGAAUGUACAUACAAUUGUGUCAAUUGUCCACAUCUCCGUCCGUCCUACAUUUUGGAUGCAAUUUUAUUCGAGCUUACGUUACAAGUCGAAACUGGCUCUUGGGAGAGUCGAGGAAUUCCAGCAGUCGUCGAAACAGAAGACCAUUUAAAUGCUAUACGUCAUGCCUUGCACACACACUUUUUACCGAUUGCCAAAAUCCAUGAGCUAUUCACGCUUAACAUCGAGGAGAUAAUAUCAGAGUUUACGAAUUGUGUGAGAAAUCAGCUACCGAAUGAAAAUUUGGAGGAAUUUGCGGGCAAAUCUAUCGAUAUCAUAAGAGAUCGGGAUUAUCGACGGUUGAAGGCUACUAUAGAUAUGCCAUUGGCGCUUAAAUUGUACAAUGUUUACAGGCCCGACUGCUUCGAUGAAGAAUCUCGCUUGCGAAAAUGUACAGAAGAGCUAAAAAAUCGUUUACAGCAACUCAACGAUAGUAUUACAAACGAAAUUCAGAAUCAUUUAAACGCUGCCGUUGAAAAUUCCAUCUCCGGAAUGAGAUACUUCCGUGUCCAAGCCGAUGGACCACGGCUAAAAGAAGUGAGCACGAGGAAUCCACUCGUACCUAGGUAUUUUACCGAUUACGGUAGCCCGAGAAAUUUCGCGGAAAGAGAAGAAAUCAUGUACUCGAUAAAGGGCUGCUACUUGAUGGCCCACAACGGCUGGGUUAUGAACGGUGACCCUCUAAAAAAUUUUGCCGAUCCCGACUCGAACGUGUACAUAAGGCGAGAGCUCAUAGCCUGGGGUGACAGUGUGAAGCUUCGAUAUGGAGACAACCCGGAAGACUGUCCGGCACUGUGGAAACGUAUGGCCAGUUACGUGCAGCAAACAGCCAAAAUUUUCGACGGCAUCAGGCUGGACAAUUGUCAUUCGACUCCGAUACCCGUGGCAGAGUACAUGUUAGACGCGGCUCGACAAGUAAAACCAGAUUUGUUCGUCGUCGCUGAGCUAUUCACGAAUUCUGAUCAAAAGGAUAAUAUUUUCGUCAAUCGCUUGGGUAUCACUUGCUUAGUCAGAGAGGCCAUGUCGGCUUGGGACAGUCACGAGGAAGGUAGACUGGUGUACCGAUACGGAGGUGAGCCCGUCGGAGCUUUCAUUCAGGCUCGCCACAGACCUCUGGUACCGAGCAUAGCCUAUGCUCUGUUUCUCGAUCAGACCCAUGACAAUCCGAGCCCGGUGGAGAAACGCAGCGUCUUCGACUUGCUUCCAAGCGCGGCUCUCGUCUCCAUGGCUUGCUGCGCUAGUGGCAGCAAUCGCGGCUACGACGAACUCGUGCCUCAUCAUAUUCACGUAGUCGACGAGGAUAGACAGUACACCGAGUGGACGGACGACGAAAAUUUGGCCCUCGAGGACGACAGAUACGUCAAUUGCGAAUCAGGAAUCAUCGCGGCAAAAAGAGCCCUGAACGACUUGCACUACUGGCUUGGACUCAAGUGCUUUUCACAGGUGUUUGUCGAUCAAUUGGACGUAGACGUGGUGGCCGUAACGAGGCAUUCUCCCUUGACUCACGAGAGCGUCGUGCUUGUGGCCUUUACAGCCUUUAGACAUCCAGACCCUAACGCAAGGGACUUACAUCGUUACAUCAAACCAUUGAGAGUCGAGGGUAUUGUCGAAGAAAUUAUUCUUGAGGCGGGAUUGACCCACGAAGGAUUUGCGAAGGGUGGGCCUCGCUUCAGUUAUCCUAAAUCAUACUUAAAAAACGAAAAAUAUGUCAAUGGAUACUCUGAAUAUAAGGUCCGUGUCCAAGAACACAUUCAACUAAGCGAUUCGAAAUCCAUUGAAAAAGUCGAUUCAGGGGACCCUAAAAUCACUCAGUUGAACUUUACUCAAUUCCAGCCGGGCUCGGUCGUAGCCAUAAGAGUUUCUCUUCACGCCAAUAUUAAACCAGCUGUGGAGCAAGCUAACGACCUCGUUGAAAUGCUCACAACUUUGAACAACACAGAUCUGCGUGCAAUAGCGUCGCGUUUGAGCUUGGCCGAUCUCAACCGAGCUCUCUACAGAUGCGAUCAAGAAGAACGAGACGAAACUUCAAACAAGUUUGGCGUUUAUGAUAUACCUGGUUACGGACCUUUAGUUUAUGCUGGACUGCAAGGUGUGAUAUCUUUGUUGGCUGAUAUACGCUCAAAUAACGAUCUCGGACAUCCGUUGUGCAAUAAUCUUCGACAAGGCAACUGGUUAAUUGAUUACACGUGGCAGCGACUCAAAGAAGACGAUGGUACAUUGGCCCUAGGCGAAUGGUUGGAAAAAGCCUCGGAACCUUUUAAGCUAAUCCCACGCUACUUAGUCCCAAGUUAUUUUGACGUCAUCAUCGUUAACGUGUACUCGAUUCUCAUCGAGCAAUGCUUCAGUCUCAUGUCCAACUUCGUAAGAGACGGAACGGACUUCACUCGACUUUUGUCAUUGGUAUCGGUUCAAGUUGGCGGAAUCAUAAAGUCGGCGCAGCUACCGGAUUUAUCACCGGCAUUGGAGCCCCCAUUGCCGCAAAUCAAAGACAUGCACGGUGCCAAGAAACAACACUGCCUGACCUUGUCGGCUGGAUUACCGCACUUUGCCGUGGGAUACAUGAGAAACUGGGGUCGAGACACUUUCAUUGCCCUUCGAGGUUUACUUGUGCUCACCGGCAGGUACGAAGAGGCUCGCUUCAUCAUUCUCGCAUUCGCUGGUACUUUGCGUCAUGGUUUGAUUCCUAACUUAUUGGACGGAGGUGCAAAUGCCAGAUUUAAUUGUCGAGAUGCCGUGUGGUGGUGGCUCUACGCGAUUCAAUGCUUCGUCAACGAGACUCCGAACGGUCUGAGUAUUCUAACGGAUAAAGUUUCGAGGCUGUUUCCAAGCGACGAUUCACCAGCAACUGCCGCUGGCCAAGUGGAUCAACCACUGCACGACGUGAUGCACGAAGCCCUUAGCGUACAUUUCCAGGGUCUUUGUUUCCGCGAGCGCAACGCCGGCCCCCGCAUAGACGAGCACAUGACCGAUCGCGGCUUCAACAAUCAGAUCGGCGUGAAUCCCGAAACUGGCUUCGUGUUUGGCGGCAACGAGGCCAACUGCGGCACUUGGAUGGAUAAGAUGGGCUCCUCGGUGAAAGCCGGCAACAAGGGUAAACCGGCCACGCCGAGGGACGGCUCUGCCGUUGAAAUAGUUGGACUAUGCCACAGCAGUCUCGUGUUUCUCGCUGAGCUCUACAAACAAAAUCUUUUUCCUCACGGCAGUGUUCAGCGUAAAAAUCGAGAUGGUACAACGGUCACUUGGAGUUACAAGCAGUGGGCCGACAAAAUUAAGGAUAACUUCGAUACUUACUUCUAUGUGAACGAGGAAGCAACUGAAGGUGAGUUGGGAGCCGAUUUGAUUCAUCGGCGUGGCAUAUAUAAAGAUUGUCACGGAGCUACACAGCCAUGGACGGAUUACCAAUUGAGACCCAAUUUUCCCGUAGCUAUGGUUGCCUCGCCCAGUUUGUUUAAUCCUAAACGUGCCUUAACGGCCUUGAAACAAGCCGAAAAAAUUCUCUUGGGCCCACUGGGCAUGAAAACUUUGGAUCCCGCCGAUUGGGCCUACAACGGCUUUUAUGACAAUGCCAACGACUCAAACGAUCCGAAAGUGGCUCAAGGAUGGAAUUAUCAUCAAGGGCCCGAAUGGCUCUGGCCGAUUGGGUACUUUUUACGAGCAAAGCUGCAGUACACGUCGAUGCUUGGAGACGAAACCGAGCUUCAACGUACCAUCGAAUGGACCGAGGCAGUCAUUUCCAGGCAUCUUACCGAGGCUUCCAGUAAUCAUUGGCGUGGCCUUCCUGAACUCACGAACAAGGAAGGAGAAUACUGUCGCGACAGUUGUCAAACUCAAGCGUGGAGUGCCUCGGCUAUUAUCGAGGUACUGCACGAUUUGAACAGAUUAAAAGAAAAUCUCGAGUUAGAGAGCUCCACAAACUGAGCAAAGUACGCGUGUGUUCACCAAAGUCACCAGCACAAACCUCACUCAGAAAUGAAAAGUAGUAGCAAUAAUCAUGCAACAAAACGUAGCCAGCACGUAAUCACGGAGACACACGCACUCGCACCCUCCGACGAUGUUCGAUAUCUAAUAGAAUUAUAUGACGUCAUCAAUGAAACUGCAACGGUGGCUUUCAAGAGGAGAAAAAUCGAUACUUCGAUUGAUACUGAUCUCAUAGACCUCGAAAGUGAUCGUCCGAGUUAUGCCCGGAAAUAUUGCUACCUCUGUGCCGUUGAAGGCACAAGCCCAAUUUAUAGCGAUCGAUUGUUUUACGCAAAGCAGCCUCUACGAAUUAAAGAAAUUUUGCCAGUAUCCGAGAAAACGACUUUCACUCAUCCCGAUGAUGAUGACUUUAUCCCGAUCUAUAAAUCGUCGAGGAAUGAAACUUCUGGUACCUUUCAUAAUGACGGUUCAAUCGUCCAGCCAAACAAUCUCCAAUUCAGCUUCGAACCAAACGCCUUACUUUUGGCAUCGAAUUCAAAUCAACAAAAUUAUCUAUCUCGGACUGAAAACUAUAAUUUUCCUGAAAGUAAGGUGUACAAUGAGUUUUCGGAAAAAGUAGUUGACAUAGAAAUGAAUACUGCAAUUGUUAGUCCUACUGAGCAUAAAAAUGCUACAAUGAAAGUACCGAUAUUAGAACAAGAUCCUGCAGUUGAGCAAGUAGAAAAUUUAAACAACAGAACAAGUAUAUUAAUGCUCGAGCCAUUAUUUAUAGCUAUAUCUGGUACAAAACCAAAGCUCAUCAAAAACCCAUCGUAUUACAAUGCAAAAAUGAGCGAACGCAAAAAACUCAUAAAAAUCUUAACUGCUUAUUGUUUCACUAUUAUCUUCGUUAUCAGUAUCGCAUCCUAUCUCGUGUAUCCUGCUUGAAUUGAUUUUGUUUUACGUUUAUCUCAAUACAUUUCUUUUCAAAUUACUUUUCAAGUGAUUUUACUAUUUAUCGUUACCGUUGAGAUUAUAUUUAUUGAUCAAAUAUACCUAGUUAUUAGACUACAUACACAUUUUAAUUUAGAUCUAAACUAAUGUUGUUGAAGUUUGAAACAAACACAUGCGAUUCAUGUGAAUAAGAGCAUGUUUAGUAAAAUGUAAAAAAAAAGAGGCGUCGUCUUUUUUAUAAGCACAAUGUAAAAUUUUACUGAUUUUUGAGAUUACACUUUAACAUUUUUUAUGGUGUACCUCCAGGACGAUGAAUGUUUUAUAAAUAAUUUGGUUGUACAACAUCAAAUGUUGAACAAAUAAUUAUACAAAAUAUAUUUUAGCUAUAAAUUUUUAAUAUUAUUAUCCUGAAAGGGGAUUUAGAGAAUUAAAAAAGAGCAACGUGUAACAUUAGUGGAAAGUAUACUCAUUCGAUAUACUCUUUUAUUCCAAUGUUAAAAGUGCAAAAUAAAUAAUAUCAUGAAACUCAAA